GUCGGUGUUGCCAUCUUUGCCCCGGGCGGAAGUGGCCUCGCUCCAGACCGACCAAUGUGAGUAGUGCUCGGAGCCACGUGAUGGCGGUCCCGGUCACGCCCCCCCCACCGCCACCACGGUGAAAGGAUCGCAGGCCUGAGCGCCCGCCCGGAUUUGGGCUCUUCCCGGCUUUCCGCCCGCCCGGCCCGAAGCGAGCGGUUCGAGCGCCUGCGCACUUGCGGCUCGGCGCACGCCAUGAAACUACUGCGGCGCGCGUGGCGGCACAGGACGGCGCUGAGCCUGAGUGGCCUGGCUGUCUGCGGCGCCGUGCUGCUCUACCUGGCGCGUUGCACAGCCGACUGGCCCCGCCCGCCGCUCGGCUUCCGCACUGCGCCCGCCCAGCCCGCUCACUCCGCCACCGCUUUUCUGGCGGUGCUGGUGGCCAGCGCGCCCCGGGCGGCCGAGCGGCGCAGCGUGAUCCGCAGCACGUGGCUGGCGGCUGCGCGGCGCGGAGUCCCCGGGGACGUGUGGGCGCGCUUCGCGGUGGGCACGCACGGCCUGGGUGCGGAGGAGAGACACGCCCUGGAGCGCGAGCAAGCGCGGCACGGAGACCUGCUGCUGCUGCCAGCGCUGCGCGAUUCCUACGAAAAUCUCACGGCCAAGGUGCUGGCCAUGCUGGCCUGGCUCGACGAGCACGUGGCCUUCGAAUUCGUGCUCAAGGCGGACGAUGAUUCGUUCGCGCGGCUGGACGCGUUGCUGGCCGAGCUGCGCGCCCGCGAGCCGGCGCGCCGCCGCCGCCUCUACUGGGGCUUCUUCUCGGGGCGCGGGCGCGUGAAGCCCGGGGGCCGCUGGCGCGAGGCGACCUGGCAGCUCUGCGACUACUACCUGCCCUAUGCGCUGGGCGGCGGCUACGUGCUCGCGGCCGACCUGGUGCACUAUCUGCGCCUCAGCCGCGACUACCUGCGUGCCUGGCACAGCGAGGACGUGUCUCUGGGCGCCUGGCUGGCGCCGGUGGAUGUGCAGCGUGAGCACGACCCGCGCUUCGACACCGAGUACAAGUCCCGCGGAUGCAGCAACAAGUACCUGGUGACGCACAAGCAGAGCCUGGAGGACAUGCUGGAGAAGCACCAGACCCUGACCCGCGAGGGCCGCCUGUGCAAGCAAGAGGUGCAGCUGCGCCUGUCCUACAUCUACGACUGGUCGGCGCCGCCAUCGCAGUGCUGCCAGAGAAAGGAAGGCAUACCCUGAUCCUGCCCUGGACGCUGGACUGGAGUAUCGGCUGUGCAGUCCAGGGCACCUCACAGUUGACAAGUGUCAGGGUGACCGUCCAGGGAGAGCGCAGCCCUCUACAGGAGCCUGGAUUAUACAAUGACCAGUGGGACUCUCAGGUAGAUGCCAUGGACCCAGCUGCAGCCAGGAGGAGCAUGUAUAUCCGUGACCCUGCAUGUGGCCUCAGUCAAGAGUAUCUUCCUCCUGACCUGGAGUCUCCCGCGAUUACCAGGGCAAGGUGUCCAGUCACCUGGAUUGUAAAGAGUAUGAGCCAAGACUGAGAAGGUGCCUUGGCUCGGAUGUGGACGCAGGCAAAGCCUCCUUAUCUGCAGGUGACAUCCCCUCAUGCCCUCUCCUCUCCAUGGCUGGGCUAGGGGCUGGAGCUGACGGUCUGCUGCCUGCAGAAAUGAAGAAAACCCCCCCUUGGCCUGGGGCAUGGGAAGGGGGCACAUCAUGUCCGCAGCCUCUGCUGUUGCAGUAUAGCUGCUUGUGUCGCAAUCAUUGUGGCUUUAUUCACUGGGGCACCUGUUGGUAUCUGUUGGUAUUUGUCACCUGUGAGUCUAAGGUUUCUCAUCACUUUAUGUUGAUUAUCUUUCCUGGUACUUAGUGUCUCCCCAGAAUGAGUGUAAUUCAGCCCGUGAUUUAUUUGACAUGCUGUGUAUGUCCGUAGGGAUACGAAUUUUAAGUUGGAUCCCUGUGGUCUCAGUAUUUUUUAAGUUAUUUCAGGGAAGACUUCUCUGGCAGGACUUGGAAUUUGUAGAUUAAUCUGUUUACAGCUUGAGUCUCAGGCCCGGCUGCUGUGAGUUUAAACAGGCAGGAAUUUAAACUGUCUGUUCCUCUCUCCAGUUUACAUAUGUCAGGCCCAUUGUCUCUCUUUUCUAAAAAGACUUGCCUUUUAAGGUGUUCCUUACACACACAUUUGUUAUUUUAGCGUCUGGGCCCAGAGUUCCAGGAAUCUGAACCCUUGGGAGUGUUGAUGAUAUUUCCCAAAUUCUGCCUUUUAAGAAAACAGGCUCUGCUGGUGGCCUGUCGGGGAGGAAGGUGCAGGCGUGCUAGCUAGCAUCUCUUUACACACCUCAGCCAGGCCUCAGGCGAGUGUGUGGGCUAUCCUUUCUACCCAUUCAGUGUGAAAAGUGACCAUUGUCUUCAUCUCAAUAAAAUAGGCCAGACUGCAGCAAGCCGGGUUGCAUGCAGCGGGUGUGAGUGCUGUGCCCUCACUCUGUGGCUGCUGUCCACCUGCCUGGCACCCACUGGGGGCAGGAGCAAAAGCUGCCUUUGUGCUGCCCGUCCCUCACACUCUCCAGCAUGGAUGUUAGAGCAGGUGUCUCCGGCCCAGCCGUGCCACCCAAAUGCCAAAGACUAGGAAUAUGCACAGCAGAGCCCUGCUCUCAGCUCUGGCCAGGAAGCCAGACCAGUGCCUUCUUCCUGGCAUGUGCACAGGCUCUUUCUCAUGGGGCCUUGGGCAGCAGAGGGACCCACAGUGAACUCCAAUGUCUCCUCAGGACACUAGUCCUCAGGGCCCCCCAAAGGCUUUGCCUUUGAUUAUACCUUCAAGAUAUAAGUUGGGGUGGGGGGAGUCUGGGAAGUGGUCCACCCAGUAGUGUAUACUCAUACUCCUUAUAGAUAAGGCCUGGGUUCAAGCCCUCAGCCACUCCUGGAGGGACCACACAAAGGGGAAGUUUCAUGAGUAGUGCAACGUUAUCUCUCUUUUCUCUGUCUCUCACACUGGUGCUGAGAGUGCCAGGUUUGAACCUUGUUUGUACACAUGGCAAAGCAGCACACUAUCCAAGUGAACUGUCGAACUGACCCACUCUCACUACACCCAUAAAAUAAAUAAAUAAAAGCUUGCCAGAAGCC